AUGGAACGAACGCGCGAUGAGGUCAGGAUACCGUCACCCGCGACCGCCGAGCUCGUCGCCCAUACGCUCAGGGAAGUGAUAAAAUUCCUCCUCUACGUCAGGCAGCAGCUCCCAUGCUCCUACGACGACCUGAGGAGCGGGUUGGAGGAGUCAAUGGGCCCCGAGGCGUUGGGGGUGGGGGAGGGUCAACGGAGGGCGGAUAUCUUGCCUGGAUUGAAACGAAAGCGCGCGACAUCCAGUGAGAGACGAUCCUUGAAACUCUUCAAGGCGCUCGAAGCUAUGCUGAGCCGAAUCACGCCGCAAAUGCUGCAAGAAACGCGCGCCACGGAGCUUGCACUGCUCCUUGGGUCCACGCCAUUGAGACCCAAGGAGAUGUACAACUUCGUGCUGAGCGACGCGUCGAGCUCUUACGCGCCGUACGAGCCCGCGCCCGGUACCGAAAGAAUGAUGGACAACGCAGCGCGGCGGGUGAUUAGAGAGUGUCUUCCGGCCGUAGCGGGCUGUCCAUCCGCAGCGGCACCGAUGAAAGUAUUUGUGCUGGUCAAGGUGCCAACACCAGAGACAGGUGGUGGCGAAGCAGAAGGUUUUCUGCCCAAGAGAGGGUUCGCACCGCUUCUCAGACAGACCAAGAUCGCGGCAGAUUUCGUGAUGAAGGUGAAACGAGCAGAGGGUGAUGUAGUUCAAGGGGGAGGCGUUGUCCAGGGUCUACCCGGGAUGUGGUACCAGUGCACGUCGUCCGUCAAGGGGGUCAAGGGUCCGGGGUCGUGA